GAUAUGAACUCGACCUGCCGAAAGAAAAAACCUUUAUACGUGGAAGUUGCUUUUAGCUUUGCAUUAAUUGUUCUAGGAAAUUUCUUUGCAAGUUCGAAGAUGUCAACAAACAACUGUGUGAUAACUUUAACUUAUUCCUUUCUCUUUUUUAUGCUAUUCUAUUAUUUUAUUAUGAUCCAUCCAGUCCAUUUCUUUAGAAAUUCUCAGUCUUUGCAGUGAAGACUUAUUAGUGGUAAAGAAAAGUACUAGACUUGUUAUGCAUAAUAUAUUAUUUAUCAAAGACUUUGCCAUGUUUAUGUUUUCAACUUUUCAUUAGCAAAAGCUCAAGCUCAACAUAGAAAAGCCACAGAGUCUUGUUUGAGAGAGAGAGAGAGAGAGCUCAUCAUGGAAGUGACCCAUGAGAGCAGAAGAGAGUGACCCAUCGGGGUCUUGGAGGCUGAGUGUGCAAGAGUUUCCAGCACUUGGUGGAAGCAGAGGUGGUGAUCAUCAGCAUGGUUUCUUCACUCUCCGCAGCUUUCUUCAUGCCCCAAGGAGACGAGGCAAGGUUACUGAUUAUUAUAAGAAACAAGAAAGACUACUUGAAGGGUUUACUGAGAUGGAGACCAUGGCUGAAAAUGGUGGUAUGCCGGGAAGUCUAACAGAGGAUGAGAUGCAGCAGCUUGCGAAGAGUGAGAGGAUGGCUAUCUAUUUGUCAAACAUAGCUAACAUUGUGCUCUUUGCGGCAAAACUCUAUGUUUCUAUUCAGAGCAGAUCAUUGGCGGUUAUUGCCUCAACAUUGGAUUCACUCUUAGAUCUCUUGUCAGGGUUUAUAUUGUGGUUCACGGCCCAUGCCAUGAGAAACCCAAACCAGUAUCGUUAUCCAAUUGGAAAAAACCGGAUGCAGCCAGUGGGAAUCAUUGUUUUUGCUUCAGUAAUGGCAACUCUUGGAUUACAAAUUCUGCUUGAGUCUGGUCGACAAUUCAUGGCAAAGACCCAGCCUGAAAGGGAUCCUGAGAAGGAGAAAUGGAUGAUUGGGAUAAUGGUCUCUGUAACCAUAGUGAAGUUUAUGCUUGUGGUCUAUUGUCGAAGGUUUAAAAAUGAUAUCAUUAGAGCCUAUGCUCAAGAUCAUUUUUUCGAUGUUAUUACUAAUUCAAUUGGUUUGGCAGCAGCCAUCUUGGCCAUUCGAUAUUAUUGGUGGAUUGAUCCUACUGGAGCUGUUAUGAUAGCACUAUAUACAAUGAAUACAUGGACGAAGAUAGUCAUUGAGAAUGUCUGGGCACUGAUUGGAAGGACAGCACCGCCUGAAUUUUUGGCAAAGCUAACAUAUCUGAUAUGGAACAACCAUGAAGAUAUCAAGCACAUUGACACAGUAAGAGCAUACACUCUUGGUUCAAAUUAUUUUGUGGAGGUUGACAUAGUUUUGCCACAAGACAUGCUUUUGAAUAAAGCUCAUGAUAUUGGUGAGUCGCUGCAAGAAAAACUUGAGCAACUCCCUGAAAUUGAGCGAGCUUUUGUACAUAUAGAUUUUGAGUAUUCUCACAGGCCUGAACACAAGAUUGGGGUUUGAUGACAAUGAUGAUGAUGGCAGUAGUAUGAUCAGAGCUAAGCCUCUCCAGAGUAAAAUGGUGAGUUGCUGAUUUAGUUAAUAUGUGAUGUGAUUCUAUUGUAACCAGUUGCGAACCUGUGCAAUGUGCGAGUAAGUUCCAACUUAUGCAAUAGAUUUUAACAAAUUUUAUCUUUUGAAGUUUUCAUUAUCUUACCGGUUCUGUUAGUGAAACUCUCCUGUAUUAAAACAAAAACAAAAAGUAAUCUUAUUACUCUCAAGUUUUACAAAUGAGACACUUCAUCAAAUACAUGUUCAAUAGUG